UGAGAGCUCAGUGAGACUGUGAGUGGCAUGGCGGGCUGCGCUCUCCUCUGCGUGCUGGCCGUCUUUGCCAUGCAGGCGCUCGCCGUGCAGGCGAUCUCGCCGAGCGUGGGCAGUUCGGCGAAGCACCCAAAGCCGAUUCGAAGGGCCCUUCGGGUGCGCCGGGCGUCGUCUCGGCCAGUGUGCUGCGGCCGCCACUCAGGCAUGCGGAUGUGCGCUGACGUCGAAGGCGCGCUCGCGGUCGAGCGGGUCUACGUCCGACUGGACGGUGUGGCGGCGGCCGAAUUGGCCAACGCGGCCGCGGCUGCUGGCGAGCAGCAGCUUUGGCCCGCGCAAGCAUGGGAGGCUGGCGCCGGCGCUGCGAUGUUGGUCAUCUCUCCCGCGAGGCGCGUCGUCGUGCUGAACGACUCCUCGCCCGCCGCUGCCGCCGGCCUCCGGCUCCUCGACGUUCUGGUUGCGGUCGACGGCGAGCGUACUCCCUCUCUCUCCAAAGCUGCCCACCUGCUCGCCCGAGGCUCGCCUCCGAAGCUGGUGUGCGUGCUCCGGCCGGUGGAGCGGGCGAGUGAGCAGCCGCCACCGCGAGGCCCUGCCGCCGAGGCAGAGGACCUCCAACGUCUCUCGGAUCGUGUCUGGAAGCUCGCCCACCUCGGGGCAGCCGCCCUCCCCGCUGCCCCUCUCGGCGAGGGGGAGACGGACCCGGAGCUGCGGCGGGUCGCGAAGAUGGCAGAUUGGGCAAAAGAGGCCGAUUUCGCGGUCGUCAAGCGCGGCGCUGCUGCUGGCAUCGUCGUCGUGAUCCAAGUCCUCGUCUGGGCCGCUGUUUUUUUGGCCGCCUGAGCCUUCAACACCUAGUAGUGAUCGUCACGUAGCAUCCGUACGCAAUGCGAGGGUAGAGGACAACGUGUGUCUCUUGCCCGUCGAGUCGCCAGGCGUCUCCGUUCGGGAGAAUGCCUCGGUUUCUUGGAGCACUUGGAGUUCGUGGAGCACUUUGACUUUCUUUUGUAGUGCAACUCUCUCUGUCUGUGC